UGGACCCCGAUGACCACAACUUACCCGGCGCCGUUUUGUUACGCGCUGCUGCGACUCCCAAUGAUCGUCCUUGUCUUCCGACCACCACCACCGCCCUUUCUCCCGCUGCUAUGCCCGUUAAUAUUCUCACCGCCCAAGCAGGCCUCCGGGUUGGGCCUCUAUUGCUUGAGACGCUGGUGAAGCAUUACUUUGACCGGAUCACCAAGGACGCGCUCAAGAAGACGGAAGUCCAACUGAGGCGCGAUGAACUUUUGUACGACCAGGCCUUUAGUAUCAUCAAGAUGUUCCUGGAGGUCGCAACGUACCAUACCGUAGAGGAAGUCCAGGGCUUUGGAAACACACGCACGCCGUCUCCUCCCUGGGUCCGCGUUGUACGAGUGCUGGUGUCAACAACAUGCUGUGAUGACGCAGCUACGUAUCUUGUUCAAGCAUUGGGUGGCGAGGAACUUGCACGACGUGUCGUAGGUGGGGUAAAGUGGUGGCAAGUGCGAGGUAUCAGCGGUGUUGACUGUCAGUGGAUAACCGCGAAGAAAGACUGGAGAGAGGCCAAGCGGCGGUACAAGAUGCAGCAGAAAACGAAAUCCGACGUUGACCCGGUGCAGGAGACGGGUGAAGCAACGACUUAUGACAAAGAUAUGGAUGAAAUGCGUUGUAUCCUAUACUUGCACGGAGGUGGAUACUAUUUUGGAAGCGUAGACCAAGAGAGAUAUAGCAUCCAGCGACAUGCUCGUAAAAUUAAUGGUCGUGUUUUCGCUGUAAAUUACCGUUUAGCCCCCCAAUACCCAUUCCCUUGUGCCCUUCAAGACGUGUUAGCUGCCUAUUUGUACUUAAUAAACCCUCCCCCGGAUGCUCAUCAUCGUCCAGUCAAGCCAUCACAUAUAGUUGUCGCCGGAGAUUCAGCGGGAGGCGGCAUAUCUUUAGCGCUGCUUCAAGUCAUUCGGGAUAGUGGUCUACCGAUGCCUGCAGGGGGGGUCUUGAUAUCGCCUUGGUGCGAUUUGACGCAUUCCUUUCCGAGCAUUCAUCUCAAUACGGAUACUGAUAUCAUCCCUAAGUAUGGGCUGUCUCUCCAGAAGCCGAGUGUUCUGUGGCCUCCGCCGUCCCAGGAAAUGACGCGGCUUGUGCACGCUUCUCUUCGCUCCCGUAUACGACAGGCAUUUAAAAUGGAUCCGCCCGAGCCCAACACAACGGUGACGACCCUUGGUGGGCUCAGAUGUACUUCAGCUUCCGGAAUGCCUGUAGAUGUCGGUGCAACGGCGGCCCUUCCUUCACUGAGCUCAGGGAGCCAAACGAUCAAUAUGACUACGGCGUCGGGAGAUGUGCUGAAGAUUGAUCAUCAGGUACAUAUGUACGCGCAGAAUAGCCUCUUGGGUCACCCUCUUGUUAGCCCGGCCAUGUCAUACUUGGGAGGGCUGCCGCCUCUGUUUUUUAUUGACAGUGAUAAAGAGGUUUUACGCGACGAAAUUAUUUAUGCCGCCCAUAAGGCAGCUUACCCGGAGAGAUUCCCCAUUAGAGAGGAACUUCGAAAUUUGUACCCACCACUUAAAGGUAUCGAAUCACGACGCAAAGCUACGCGUGUACACUUACAAGUUUACGAUGAUGCUGCUCAUACUUUACCUGUCCUGUUCUCGUUUACUACACCGGGUAAGUUUUGCUAUCGUGCCAUCGCGUCAUUCUGCAAGUCUGUCACCGGAAUGACACAAACUCCCGAAACCCCCGUUGAUGAGUCGUUUUCUGUUCCGAGCCCGCCACACACGCCUACGCGCAAGAUGUCCUUUUCAGCUAACAUCUUGUCCUCGCCAAAACGAGAGCCGGUGUCCCGUAUGUCGUCAAUGACGCUUUCUUCCACACCUUCCGAGAUGAGUGAAGACGAAAGAGCCUUUUCUCCCGUUCAAGUGGAGAAGAAAACGCUGCGACGGGCAUUUUCCGAGUCUGUACGGAAAAGGUCAAUACCUCAUGCCUGGCAUAAGCAUCAUGAAUUGCAUCCAUUGCCGUCUGCUGAGCAUGCAAACGGUGCCACAGUAAAUGGGAACGGUGAUUGUCUCAGACAGGACAAUUCGUCUAGUGGUGUAGCUGGUCCACACUUCCAUAAUCAUCAUUCUCAUCACCACCAUCACGGCUCUUCACCAUCACGUCCCGGGGAAGGACCACGUAUGGCCGGGGAUCCUGUCAUUUACGCGGAAACUUUUGACGAUCCGGAAUGGAAGGGUAUCAUGAUUCGUGAGCGCGUAUCCACACAAGGUGUCAUCCGACCGCUCGAACCAGAAUCCGAGCUCGAUGCUCUGAAAGUCCCUGUAGAGUUCAUGGGCGCCAUAUCCGAACUCGCCGCUCGGCGGUUCAUUGAAGGCCAAGCAAAGUUUGACAAGAAGUUCUCCAAUGCGGUCAAAGCAAUUGAGAAGCACCGGAUAGAUAAUCUCAAGCGAGCGAAAAAGGAUACGAUGCGGAAUAUCGCUGUUCUGCAGCAUUCUUUGGAGAAGGAAGGGAAGACUGAGGGGGAUAAGAGGAUCAAGGAUGGCCUGCUGGAGGCUUCGGGGAGCUGGAGUUGGGCUUGGGCGCUUGAUGCAGGGGAGACGCCUCCGCCAAGCAGUAUCGUGUCGAGGCGAGAUACCGAUGAGGCGAGGCGGCUGGCGAAGAUUGCCGACCAGGCGGUCUUUCCGGGCGAACAUUCUGUCACGGGCAAUAAUCUGUGGCAAGUGUUGGUGAACUUUUUGACUGUGACGCCAGACAAGGAGAAAGGGCAUGAGCAUGACAAGGACGCGACUGUGCGGAGAAGGACGUCGUUGUUCGCCAAGUUUGGUCCGUCGUUGUCGCAGGAGAAGAUGCCAGAGGCAGCGUCUCGGUCUUCUGCAUAAGCUUGACGGAUGGAAGAUAGAUGUAUCUGUUUCCUGUUAUCAUUUCUUGGCUUGUUGUACCUGCACAACUAACAAUAGAAUUACUGUUCGCUUUCAUGCUGC